AUGCCACCUCCUGCGACACCACAACGUCCCUCCAAUCGUGGAGCAACUACCAAACCCACAAAACCGCUGGACAUCGGAGAACCGCUGGGGGCGCACGAUACGAAUACGGUGCGUUCUAGAGUGCGAAAAUGGCAGCAACAAGGCGGCGGGGUGGUGACGAUAGACGAUCCCUAUGCCGAUGAUGAGGAAAAUAAUGCGAAGCCAAAACCAAUACCUGCCAAGAUCAAGAUAGAGAAGCUAGAGAAGCUGGAGAAGCUGGAGAAGGUAGAGAAGCCGAACAAGGGCAAUCUCCCGACCACAAGAAAUCGCAGCCACAGCACGCCGCGCAAACGUGUCGUGAGUGACGAGCAUUGGAAACGAACCCGAAAUCGGGCCUCAACCCAGUCCUCGUCGCGCAAUCUACCCGCUCCUAAGCGCAUAGCCGAAUAUACCAUAAAUGAAGGGCCCACGUCCUCACGGGGGAAACAUGACGAUAACGGAGAUGAAGAUGGGAAAGUUCGUGAUCUCCCUCGACCUCAGGCAAAACGUGGCACCGUGACAGGGUCUAAAUCUCCUGUCCAAGACAUCAAGUCCGCGGGUGCACGACAGAAUAUCGACGUCAUCACGGAGAGCGACAAUGAGACGGACCAUCCCAAAUCAGUCGAACCUUCAGAGCUCUCGGAUAGACUAAAGACGCACUCGCCUCCCCCAGAAGAUUUAUGGGCAGCAAGCGAAGCGGAUUUCUCUGAGCUAUCAAGGAGACGCAAGCGCGGCCCAGCGAAGCCUCCCAAGGGUGGUAUAUUCGCACACAUGAUCGACGAGUCCAGGAAAAUGUUUGGGAUCCACGAACCCGAACCCCCAAGACCUAUACCCACACCGACUGCGGGCCGGGGUGCCAAAAUCGAGGCAUGGCUUUCUGACACACCGGAUCCUUUUCUGGAUGAAGCCGGAUCUAAAGUUGAUAUCCCCGCUCCUCUCGAUCUGAAAUCGGGGCGAGCAAGACGAUCUCAAAAACUUGCAGAUGGAGACCUACAACCUGGUACCGAGUCUGAAACAUCAACGAUCAGCGAGUGCCCGAAGAGCUCCGAUCGUCCAAAGUGCGCUGCGAGUGAGCAAUCCAAAGAAAAUGACCGUUCCUCGUCAAUCGAAAAAACACCAAAGGCACAAGAUGGCGAGAUAACCUUGGAGUCAAAGCGACAUAGUAUAGAUAUGACCCCUAAGUCAUCUGUCAAGAGCAAAGACGACGAUCUUGCCCAAGAGAUGCCUUGUGAGGAUAUUCUCGCACCUUCAGAGCCCGAUUUACAGCCGUUGUCCGACAGCGGCUCUGAAGUAUCGGGACACAAUGCACCUGUACCACUUGGCCCUCACAAGACAUUCCCAACCACCGGUUACCACCGUUUAUCAACAAUUGCCUCGACGGACACCCUGGGUACCACCCUGACAGAUGGAACCGAGCACGUGCUGCAGUCUACCUCCACCGAAAAUAGUCAAUCGAAACUUGUCGAGGAGGCAGAAGAAGCAGAAAAAGAUGAUCAGUUUGAUCCAGACUCGCUGCCGGUGGUAUCCUCGCAAUUGAAAAGACGGCUUACUACUCACAAUGACCUAAUGUCUGUGCUAUCUGUUCCGGCUUCGCGGAGCAGAAGCACCCGGUCGAAUCGGAGUAUUCGCACUAACAAAAGUCGCCUGGCCCACGCCACAGUUGAUGAUCUGCUCUAUGAGCUGUCGGGUGACGAGACCAAGUAUAUGCGCGAGCUGAAGACGCUAGUCGGAGGUGUGAUUCCGGUCCUCUUGACUUGCGUGCUGUCCCGCUCUGAUUCGGCCAUUGCAGCAGGCCUGUUUCAGCCGUCUUUGGACCCUGAAGAUGAUGUGAACUUCUCAAAGCCGAUUGUCGAUAUGGGAGUAGCGAUCGAGCGCCUUAAGAACUUGCACAAGCGAAUCCCACAGGACAAUGCGGAUGCAUUGCUUACAUGGGCGCAAAGUGCUCAGAGAGUCUACCGCGAGUACCUGAACGCGUGGCGCCUUGGAUUCAAGGAUGUCAUUGUCAACCUAGCUCCUCUGGAAGAAGAUGAAGUCACGAACGAUGCUGACACGAAGAGCCUGGAUGAAGGCUUAGAGAGGGACGAAAACGGUGACAUUGUAGACAGUGACGGGGAAAAGGUCGAUGUGGCCUAUCUCUUGAAGCGACCGUUAGUACGUCUCAAAUACCUGGCAAAGAGUUUCAAAGGGAUAAAUAUGCUACAGCCGUCCCCAAAGGCCGAAGAAACCGCUGCCACGUAUCAAAGUCUUGUGAUCGAUGCCCGGAAACGCGUUCGAGAUGAAAGAGCAAGGUUGGAAGAUGACUCUGCUGCUAGCAUCGACCCAACACGCACAAGAGACCCGAUGACCUUAGGUGUCCUUCGUGGGAUUGGCAUUGAUCAGACUCGCCAUGUUCGUGCUCGUGAUUUCUUUAAUCUAUCGUUGUAUCACUCAAGUGGCCAACUUGUGGAUUGUCGAGCCGAGCUUUUGUAUCGAGACAACCCCUCUUGCAAAGGGCCUGGAGGUGACCUUUUGAUUUGUGAAAUUGACCACUCGGAUCGCUGGCUUUUAUUCCCUCCCAUGGACCUAAGAUGUGUUUCAGCCCGCAGGGGAGAAACAAAACAUGAGAUCGUGGUCAUGCUACGCAGCGCUCCCGGGGAUGAAAUGAAGUACUGGCAAGAAUUACUCUCGCUCCGCAUUGACGAAGAAGAAGUUGGGGCUGAGUGGAUCUCAUUGCUAGGAUCUGACCCUAUCCCGCCACAAAUUUGUCGAAGCCAAAGCUUCAUAAGCCGAGCCAAGCAGAACAAUUCUCGCAAGCACUCUGCCAAUAGUUCUCCACCUAGGCCACACCCAAAUGACAUCGACAUCCCCAUCGGCGAGAAGGCAACAGGGAAACGACGCUCAUGGACCCCCAAAGAGCACUCGUCUGAGCCAAGGACGGUGAGCUCUGCUACCGAUGCCAGGAGCUCUUUGUCCUCGACUGCCACUCGGGAGACGGAUUGCACUACUGGAGGAUCGGAGCUUUCUAUAAAGCCCGCCCGCCCUGAGCUACCUCUUCUUUCGCCAAGUGGCUCGGAAAAGACUUCCACCGGGCUCAAACGAUCCAAGGCUAAGAGACUCUCUCGCUAUGGGGAAAGCUCAGCUUCUGAGACGGCCUCUCAGAAAACCACUGUAUCUGAUAAAUCACCUGAGCAUAGCAGGCCUGCAUUCGCCUCUUCUCAACCCCCAAGUACGCCAACGGGUGGUAGAUUCUAUGGCGAAACGGAGCGAUCCCUGGCCACGGGAUCAUCGAGAGAAAAAUCUCGUUCGAAGAUUCCUCAACCUCAGAAGACGCCUGUUAGAGAACCCGAGCCGGAAUCUCCUAGGGUUUCAUCUGUGCCCUCAGCAACUCUCCCACUGAUUCCCAAAAUCCGAACUCCUAGUAGCCAAACUCACCUCUUGAAAUCGACAAGCAUCGGCCCCGAAGACGAGGAAGACUAUCCUCCACUUGAAUGUUUGCCCAAGCAAGAAACACUUGAGACGCCAACAAGAACUAGGAGAAAGAAGUCUCGAAGACGGCCAAAGGAUGGUGACAGCCCUCCCCCUCCACCGCCUCAUCGCUCGCCUAGUCCUGCCAAUGGCAAGCGCUCAAAUCCUCCAGUUCUCACUCCUAGUGGUAGUGGACUCAAGCGACGUGGCUCUUCUCCCCUGAAACACGAAUAUGAACCAUCUACAGCUUCGGAUUACUCAGAGACCGACUCAGACGCGUCAACAGUGCGCCACUAUCCUUGCUCAUCAUCUGGAUCCUCACGAUCUGGUGGCCUUUCUGACUCAGAGGAGGACUACUCCUCGGUAUCUGAGGAUGAAGAAUUUGUUUAUCCCAAGCCAAGGACUUCUGACACGCUUUCUGACACUAGUUCUCUCUCGCCUUCGAACUCUGUGUCGCAAAGUGGAUACCGUACUGUGCCUCUGCAGCCUACCAAGACCAACAAAGCCAUUGCGUCUGCCUUUGCAUGGUCCAACAAAGGCAACUGGGAGCCUUUGCUUCCUGACGAAUGUAACAUCGUCGUUAGUCCAGGUCUGAUCGAGGCCUUUGCGAUGGGCUCUGAACCUGAUGAGCACUUCGAUCCCAUGUCAUCAAGGCCACUCAUCUCUCUUGAAUUGACACCUCUUGUUCCUAUUCGCCGAGGAACCGCCAUCGAUAUCAGUAUUCGCUCUCCUCCCACCGAGCGAUCCACGAUUUCAUCUAGCAACAACAUCAUGUUCCGGUCACGCAACCCUGAUGAAUGCGACGCCCUAUAUAGUUUGAUCAAUCAAUCGAGAAUCAACAACCCAACAUAUAUCGCGCUCCAAAACGCCCGCGGUCCGUUCAAUCAUCAUGUCUCUAACUUCGAGCCUGCCCCGAAAUCCGGCGGAGGCCCGUUUGGCUGGCCCCGCCGCAGAAAGAGCUAUCGCGCAUCGGGCUCCCCGCGCUCUUUAGGCGAAGCAUCUGAAAGCAGCGUGGGAACCAUGAGCAGCGCCUUCUCUGCCCUCAAACGCCUCGGUGCUAGCAGCAGAAUGUUCAACAUUUCUCGCUCCACCAUCGAAUCCCGCACCGGCCGCGAAGGAAGCAUCCACUCCGGCUCUGGUGAUUCCGGAAACGACCCAUCCCCCAACUCGGGCAUAGGCCACAUCGCCGCAUCAAUCAAAGGAGCCGACGGCAUCGGUCUCUCAAACGCCAAGGUCCGCCUGUACGCUCGUGAAUCCGCUUCCAAGUGGCGCGACAUGGGCGCCGCCCGUAUGACCAUCAUGCCCGCACCACCCAAUAACCUCUCCCGCCCGGGUACUGGCGUCAGCGGCCGCAGUGACAGCAAUUCCCCGCAUGGUGACAAUUCUGACACUGCAAGUGGGACUUCGCCUCCCGGAUCAGGCUCGGCUUCCCCGCGCGGCGCCACCUCGGCUGAGAAGCGCAUCGUCAUCCGCGGUAAGACACGUGGCGAGACUCUCCUCGAUGUCUGUCUGGGCGAGAGCGCCUUUGAACGCAUUGCUCGUACGGGUAUUGCGGUGUCCAUUCGUGAGGAGAAUGAAGACGCUUCCAUCGCGAAGAAGGGUGGUGUUGCUACUGGCUCUGGCAAGAUAUUUAUGAUUCAAAUGAAAAGCGAGGCCGAGGCGGCUUAUACCUUUGGACUUGUUGGUAAGCUCAGGUAUUAA